UGAAUACUUCCCCUGAGAGUCCUGAAGGCGCAAUUAUUGUUCUUUUAACGGACGGCGUGGAGAAUGAGCAGCCCUACAUUGACGACGUCUGGCCUCAACUGUUAGCGGUAAAGGUCGAAGUUGUGGCAAUGGCGAUGGGUGACAAAGCUGAACAGAAGCUUGAGAAUCUUGCUGCGCAAACGAAAGGGCAAAGUUACUUUUUUCCUGACCACCUUCAAAAGCUGCCGAGAAUCUACAUCGAAGCCAGCAACCCGGUGCAUGAAUUCACAUAUCAUCGGUUGGGGCUCAUCACAACCAGUGAAACUGCAAAUGUUAACGCCACUGAACCAAUGGUUCAACGCCAGGUUACCACGAGGGCCGUUCAUCAUGAAUUCACUCUACAAGUAGCACCAUUUAAAGCAGAUGCGGAACUGUCUCAUCGUAAGGCGACAAACGAGCUCACAACCCUGGCUGAAUCUACAGGAUUGAUCAUCUCCCAGUCUGCUGACGGGGAGUGCUUUCCAAACGACGGAUACAAUCCCCAACUCGACAUUGACAUGGCCUUUGCGGAUCCGUUCAGCCUGGACAAGAAGUACUACCUCAAGCCUAUGCCUAUUAUGUACAAAACGAAGGGCUUCACCGGAACUGUCCAAGAAACAUUUAUUCUUGAUGAAGGCCUGGGAAACAACACCAUCGUUUCCAUAAUCCGUGAAUCCGCUGGAAGUUACUCCCUCAUGGCCUGGCUUGUGGACCCCAUGGGAAAGAGGUGUCACAACUGUGAGGAAGUUGAAAGCGACGGCAAAAAAUCACUCACCAUACCAAGCCCGGCAAUGCCGGGUACGUGGACGCUUCAAGUGGAGUGUUCAACGAAGGGUCGAGUCGUUAUCAGCAUGGUGGUCAAGUCCCAAAUCAGAGAUCUCAACAAUAAGCCGAUAGUGGCUUUGGCUGGCGUGGUGGAGAACAACGUCAGCAAACCAGAGGACGCAAUCAUAUUCGUUGAUUUGGGCAAAGGAGGCCACGUUGUCCUGGACGCAGACGUGACGGCGGUGGUCCGCAACCCGCAGCGACUAAGUUGCCCUGUCCGCCUGCUUGACAACGGCGAAGGUCCUGAUAUUAUGCAAGACGAUGGUUCAUACAGCGGCUACUUCACGCAGUUCACGGGCAAAGGAAGGUACGCCAUCAUGGCAUACGUCUACGGAAACAACAAGACCAGCCAUGCGCAUCGUACACCAGGAUUCCCUCCUGAUGUUCGUGUUAAGGAGAAGGAAGAAUCAGCCCCUACGGAAGAACCAUUCAUGGAAGGGAUUGAAGACUCUGCCAACUACACAUUCAAGGAUACCCUCCUGGGAGAAAAGAAGCCGACGAACCCAUUCCAAAGAGUCGCAGCUGGAACUUACUUCCAGGUCACCAGCGACCUGCGGAAAGCUGAUGUUCCUCCCGCCACAAUGAGAGACCUAAAAGCUGUCGAGGGUUACAUCGACAUCGACAGAACCCCCGUCGUCAGACUUACAUGGACAUGGCCGGGCGCACACAUGACACAUGGAAAGGCUGCGGAAGUGGAGAUCAGAGGUAGCACCAAUAAAGAGAACCUUCAAAGGGACUUCGACAGCCAGGAGCGUCUGUCCACUGUCGUGAAAGGAAACCUUGACCCCCUCCCCGGCGGUUCGAAGCAGGACGUAAUGAUAGCACUUCCUCGCGAGUGGGAAAUGACGAGACCAGGCGACAGGGACUACAAGCUAGAGGCGUACCAAGCGGCGCGUGUUAUUAACGCAGAGGGACUAAAGGGGAAGCUGUCCAGGAGCAUUACAUUAUUGUUCAUAAUCCCAAAUUUUACCACCGAAUAUCUCACAACAGGAGCGUCCAUCCCCACACAGGCAGUGCCGAACACGAAGCCUGGACCAGCAAGAACCACAACAACGCUGGCUAAGCCGUACACGAAAACAGCCCAAGAAACGACCUCAACACCCCCGACCAAAGCGGAGCCAGCUCGCAAUACGGCGGCAACAGCCACACCAGAGGUGGUUCAUGCGAGAAAAAAUGACCAUUCAUCCUUCAUAAUUUGGAUUCUCCUGGCGCUAGUUGCCGGAGUCGUUAUGAUAGCCAUCACAGUUAUGCUGCUACUCAGGGCGACGUUGAACCCUAUUGCCGAAGAUCAGGGGCCCACCACGACCACGGCAACACUGACAUCUAUGUGAAGCCACGUGGUAUCCUUGGACAAAAUAAAACGUUAGGGGCACCGACAA